AUGCCUCAAGACACCCAGCAGCCCACCCAACAGAAUACCGAGCACAAGGAAGGCUUCUUCGAAAGACAUUUCGACCAUCACCACAAGAAUGGACACGACGAGCAGGACCCAAAAAAUCGGCAGGAGGACAGCGAGGGUGGCAUUCGUUCCAUUUUGAAGAAGGAUGAGACCCGCCUCAAGGAAUACAUUAAAGAGGAUGAGCAGCUGGAGCAAGAGGGCCAGACCUACGGAGGUUUGAUGUGA